UUGCACGGAGUCGACUCAAUAAGUCGGUGUAGUUCGCGCUUGUAGCGUUCUUGGUUAGAAGAAAAACAAAAAAAAAGAAAAGAAAAAAAAAAGUAGGUGGUUAAAGAAGUCAGCGGUUAUUACUUUAAAAAGUAAAGUAUUGUUAAUAGGUAUAGUUUCGGAUUGCAAAGGAAAAUGGAUUCGGCACUUAUAAGCCUAACGUUGCUAUUGAGCACCUUGUGGAUAUGUGGUGACUGUGGUGUAUCGCUCAUUGAAAACAUCAAAGGACAUUGCUUGACAGACUAUCUUCAGAUCCAGAUUGACAAUGCAUUUCUUCAUGUCUACAGGGUGACACUUUUCAUAAGAGAUGAUGCAGGAGAAUCCCAUUUACUGGAUGUCUCUUUGAAUGCUAAAUGUGGAUACAAACUACGAAGGAACUAUAAGGGUGACUUGGAUCUAUUUGCAUCCUUGAAGGCCUGCCAUGUGUAUAAUGAGGAGAACCAUGUUUUCCUUACUUUAGAAGUUAUGUUUACUCCAUUAAAUUUGAGCAAGGCGGCAGAGAUGGAAGUGUUUUCUUUUAGUUGCCCCCAGAAAAAGGAGCCAAGUGUGAAAAGGAAAAUAACCUGUGAAGAGGAUUACAUUGAGGUUUCUCUCAUUGUUGAUCCAGCUUUUCAGUUUGCUCUGUAUAAUGCUGCAAAGGAUGAUCUGGACCCUUGGUAUUUUGAAGUUCACUACCCUGAUGAUGGCACCAUUAAUGUGGACUAUGGGUGGAUUUUGGAUAAUGGAAUUGGUCUCAACAUCAGUGCCUUCGAUGGCUGGAUGACUUUCAGGGUACCAGUUGGCCAUCCAAUUAUUCAAAAGAAGGAUUUGACAAAUCGCCAGUUUCUUGGGUACAAAGUUGCUGCAAAGCAUGAAGAUCUCCUGAUUGGAUUGCGGUAUGAUUUGAGUGCUCUUUGUUCAAAAGUCUACAUUCAGUGCAGAAAUGGCAGAAUUGCCAUGACUGCUGCCAAUGUAAAGUUUCCUGUACGAGGCGAAACAAGUGACCUUAUCAUUGGAAUGAUGAAGGAUGGUAUCCUAAUGUCCCAGCAAGAGAUGGAAGACCACAACAUUCACUUGUAUCUUGAUGCACAUAAACUUGGUGUAACCUAUCCACAAAGCUUUAAUAUGGGCUAUGAUGUGAAUGGUCAGUUUCUCUAUAUGCACCAGCUACACUUGGUCCACACAUGGAGAGACUUGGAUGAGAGGGGAGAUGUCAGCAUGCUGAUAAAACUACCUGGAGAGAGGUGUCUAGAAAAAAGUUUGAAGUCUACAAAGCCUGAGUUUGUAGUAAAAAGCAAACAUGGUGGAUUUGAUAUAACUUAUGGUCCUGUGCCUAUUGACUAUGUGUUGACAAGGAUUUCUAUCGAUGGCGUGACUUUCUAUUCUGUCAAGGAAAUUGAGGAUUUGGGUGUAAAUGUAACUAUUCACAAGGAGCAGAAGACCCAGUAUGUCCACAUUUGGGUACAAUUUGGAGACUCCUUGGUGCCACACAUGUUAGUUGGAAAGUCUACUCUUCUUUAUUCGGUUGCUCCAUCAAUUGAAUUUGAGACUGCCAAGAGACCAGAGAUUACAGUGAAUUCCAAAGCAUAUGCUCACAGACGUUCUAUUGUGCUGCCUAUCUUAAAAGGAAGCUGUACAGAAAAGAGCAUUUGUUUUAAUGUAACCCGAGGGACUGUGGAUCAUCUGUGGACUUUUUAUGUGUGGAAGUUUCCCAUGGUUCCUUCACCAUCAGAAGAGCGGGGAUAUGUUUACAAGGAUUAUUUUACUCAUUACACAAUGUGUGUGGGUAUUGAGUCUCCUUACCUCCUGCAUCGGAAUUUAACUGAAAAUGCAAGGCGGAUGGCUCUGAGUGUGUCUUUCCAUGAUGAAAGAAUGGGUCAAAUAGUGGUGGCAGCAGAGCACAUCUGCUCCUUCCCUUCUAGUGGAGAGCUAGAAUGCACAGUUGAAGGUGAGAUGAAGGCAAGUUCUUUGAGGACUGCUAUGUCUGCUGAUUCUGACCUCGCAUUAUUAACUCUGAAGGAUCCUUAUUGUGGCCCCUCUGACAUCCGUGGAAGCCUGGUCUCCUUCAACUUUCCUAUUAGCAGCUGCAGUACCACAAAAGAGUUGAAAGGAGACAUGAUCAUUUACAGAAAUGAGAUAUCCUAUGGAGAUGAACACAACUUCACUCACAAGAUCUUUAUGCUGGGUCUCCAGUGCCAGUACUUGAGAACAGAUAUCUUAUCUUUGGAUUUCAAAAAUAAGCACACUCGCAGUCAGCCAAGACCUGCCCCAGGCCAAGGAGAUCUUAAGUUGUCAAUGAACAUCAUGAAAGAUUCCACGUUUUUACAAGAGUACCAAGAAAAUGAGUUUCCUAUCACUAAGUUUUUGAAAGAACCAUUGUAUGUGGAGAUCUGCGUGCACAGUAGUGAUCCUGGCCUUGAACUAUUUUUGAAAGACUGUUGGGGAACACCAGGUCCUGAUCCAUCCAAUUCCAUCCUGUGGCCCAUAAUCAAAGACAGUUGUGAGUUCAAGCAGGACAAGUACAAGAUGGAGUUUCACCCUGUGAGGCCAAACUCCAGAGUGAAGUUCCCAAAACAUUAUAAACGCUUUGAAGUGAAAAUGUUCACUUUUGCCGAAGCAGAGACCAAAAAGUUGUUGGAUAAUCAAAUCUACUUUCACUGUUUGGUAAUUGUAUGCGAUUCUAAAGUUUUGAAACUUGACCAUCGUUGCAGUGGAGUCUGUAUACCAGCAAAGCAGAGAAAAGGACGAGGUGCAUCAUUAGGAGUUCAGCAGUCAAUGGUAUCAUCAUAUGGUAUUCAUCUGCAGAUUGAAGAUAUUUUCACCCAUUUUUCAAAUCCAGAGAAACCCUUGUGGCUGCUGGUGUUAUCUACAGGAGCACUGUUUUCCUCUUUAGCAUUUAUAGUGUAUGUAUACUGGAGAAUGAAACUAAAAAAUGAAGAUAAUAAAACCAGCAUUUCAUGA